GGUUGCUUGACUACUUUCGUUUUCAAGAUCAGAUCAUCGAGGGAUCCAUCCAAGCUAUGGCAGAGAAGGUGACGAUAAUGGUGCUGAAGGUGGACCUUCAGUGCUUUAAAUGCUACAAGAAGGUCAAGAAAGUUCUCUGUAAAUUCCCUCAAAUACGAGACCAAAUUUACGAUGAAAAGGCCAACACAGUGACCAUCACUGUGACAUGCUGUAGCCCGGAGAAGAUCAGGGACAAGAUAUGCUACAAAGGUGGCGGAUCCAUCAAGAGCAUUGAGAUCAAGCCGCCGGCGAAGCCCAAGCAACCGGAGAAGCCGAAAGAGGCCGAGAAGCCUAAGGAAGCCGAGAAGAAACCGGAGAAGCCGAAAGAGGCCGAGAAGAAACCGGAGAAGCCGAAAGAGGCCGAGAAGAAAACGGAGAAGCCGAAAGAGGCCGAGAAGCCUAAGGAGUCUGGAGAGAAGAAAGCUGAGAAACCAAAAGAGGCUGCUCCGGCGGCGCCACCGAAGGCAGUGGAAGCCGCGCCUUUACCGCCGGCGGCGUAUGCGCUCGGUUAUUCGUACAUGGAUGGUUAUCAUCAUGGCUGGGGUGGUGGGGUGCCCAGCUAUUACGGUGGACCACCCCAACAACCGCUUCAAAAUUAUGAGACUAUUGGUAGGCCGGUUUAUGAUAGCUGGGGCAGCGGUGAAUGUUUUAGUGAUGAAAAGGCACAAGGAUGCUCAAUCAUGUAAGGAAGAACGUGCUGCCGAGUUGUGCAUAUAGUUGAAUUUGAUGAUAUAGUUAAUAUAAUCUCUCGUGUUACUUUGUUGAAGAUGGAGGCAUUUGUGGAUUUUAUUUAUUUUGUUUUUGUUUUAAGAGUUUAUAAUGUCAAAUGGUCAGAAAGUUCGGUGGCGGUCACGGUGCUUUGUAAAAUGUCUUUGUUUAAAAAAUAAAAUGAAGUUUUCAAUUUGUCAG